UUGGGCACAGACCCAUAGUCUCAAAGAGGAGCAGAGUGCGAGGAACACACACCCACACACAAACAACCCUGCACACACAUACAUAUGUAGCAGCCUCAUCCACUGCCAGGACUCACAUAGUGAGGGCAACAGGAGAAGAGCCGAUUCCUGUUAUCGGGGGCCCCCAGAUCACAUCACAGCAGGAUGCUGGUGGAGGACGUGGUGGUGUCCCUCUCCGGAGGAGCUCCGUGGGGCUUCAGACUGCAGGGGGGAGCGGAACACGAGAGGCCCCUGCAGGUGGCCAAGGUUCGACGGCGCAGCAAAGCGUGCAGAGCUGGCCUGAAGGAGGACGAUGAGCUGGUUGCCAUUGGAGAUCAAACGUGUACGGAGCUCAGUCACAGUCAGGCCAUGAAUCUCAUCGACAUGCAGAGUGCCACACUCAACCUGAGGGUCAAGAGGGCUCCGGCCUUCUGUGUGUCCUCGGCCUCUCCUCGCGUCGCCGGACGGGGGAUGCUCUCGCCUCCAGUCGGGGGCGGAGUCUGCAUCACCUCCCCCCCGGACAGCGAGGCCUACUACGGCGAGACGGACAGCGACGCGGACAUACAGACGCCCGCGCUCCGGCGCCAACGACGGACUCCUCCGCACCCGCGGUCGCCGGCCCGCUAUGAGUCCCGCGACGAGGAGGAGACCACCUCGGAGAUGAGCGGGUACGAGAGCGCCCCGGACGGAGGGGGGUUCCUGCACGCCCUGUGGGAGCCCACCAGACCUCUGGAAGGCUUACCGGGCGUGCCCCGCAGAGAGCUGGUCUACCAGCCCCCCGAGGAGAGGGCCGCCGACCACCCCGCGCCACUCACGCCACACACUCUGACCCCUCGCACCCUCACCCCGACCCAGGACCAGGGCCUGAUGGACGGGGAGGGGGAGGUGGACAGCGGCUUCCAGGAGGCAGGGAGCUGCGUGCCCCUCGUGUCCCUUGAACGGGCCAAGGAGGCCAUGAUGAUGGGGUCCAGUAGGCAGCUGGUGCCCAUGGUGGGACCUCAGCUCGGACCCAUCAACGAUGAACUUUCCACUUCCUACGUGGACAAGGCUAUACAAGCCAAGCUGCAUCGCGGGGAGAGUGUGGUGGAGAAGCAGGUGAAGGAGGCGCGCACCAAGUGCCGGUCCAUCGCCUCUCUGCUGACAGACGCCCCCAACCCCAACUCCAAGGGGGUGCUCAUGUUCAAGAAGCGCCGGCAGAGGGCCAAGAAAUACACGCUGACCUGCUUUGGCAAGGCCGAGGGGGAGGACACUGAGGGGGACACCGGGGGGGAGACGGAGGAGGAAGAGGGGGGAGGUUCCGCCCUCAGCGGCUCUGAGGUCGAGGAAGAGGAUUUCUCGGCGUCCUACGACCCGACGUGGGACAGCGGCUACCUGGACCUGCUGGACCGCAUGAGCUCCGCCUGCCCGGGCACCACCCCCACCACGCCGUCCACCCAUCGCAACCCGGGGCUCGACCCCUCGGCCUAUCAGAGCCCGGGGUCGGAGUACACAGGGUACAACGGCGUGGCCUUCCAAGGCCCCAGGCUGGAGAGCGCCAGCGCGAAGCAGCCAAUCGCUGCGGCGCACGCAGCUCCCCACUCCGCCCCCAUGUCCCCCCACGCGGCGGCCCUGACCAACGGGGCGUCGAUGGUGGUCAGCCGGGCCAGCGUGGUCCUGACCCCGGCCGCUGCGGCACCAGGCUCUUACCAAGCUGGGCCCCAUCCGCAGCAGCAGCAUCAUCAUCAGCAGCCCACAGCCUACCAGCACCUCGAUCCCGCCGUGAACUCAGAGCACCACGCCCUCGCCGCCGCGCCCCCCAACGCCAACGCCGCCGCCGCCGCCGGCGUCCUGAACCGCACCGCCCGACCCUUCGGCUCCGGCCCCGGCGCCGCCCGGGCCCCCGUGGCCUUCCGUCCGCCCCAGCCCAGGCCCGCCGCCGCCGCCGCCUCUGUUGCCGCGGUGACCAGGCCGGUUACGGCCGUUUCCGCGGUGACGAUACAGCCGCAGCGGCCGUUGCCAGGGCCCGAGGCCAGGAGAGCGGUGUCCACCACCUCCCUCUACAUCUCCCCCAGAGGCAACGGCGGCAACAACAACAACGGCGCCGCUGCCACCUUCCCUCCCCCGCGCCUCUCCCCCGCGUCGCCCCCGUCCUCGUUGGCCUCCGCCCAACCCCCGCCUCAGCCCGUGCCCUUCUCCCCGCACUACUCAGGGCCGCCCGCCGCGUUCCCUCCCCCCUCCGGCCCCUACUCCCCCGCCAGCGCCGCCCCUCCCCUCGGCCAGGCCCCCGCUCAAGGUCCACCGAGCUGUCAAUCAGCCUCGCAGCCCUUCUCCCACCCCUCCCCUCCUUACCCUCAGCCCUUCUCCCACCCCUCCCCUCAUCACCCUCAGCCCUUCUCCCACCCCUCCCCUCCUCACCCUCAGCCCUUCUCCCACCCCUCACCCCCACAUGCUCAGCCCUACUCCCACACUUCACCCCCACAACCUCAGCCUUUCUCCCAUCCCCUCUCCCACCCCUCACCCCCACAAGCUCAGCUCUACUCCCAUCCCUCACCCCCACAACCUCAGCCUUUCUCCCACCCCUCACCUCCUCACUCCCAUCCCCUCUCCCACCCCUCACCCCCACAAGCUCAGCUCUACUCCCAUCCCUCACCCCCACAACCUCAGCCUUUCUCCCACCCCUCACCUCCUCACUCCCAUCCCCUCUCCCACCCCUCACCCCCGACCCCUCAGUCCUUCUCCCAUCCCUCACCCCCACAACCUCAGCCCUUCUCUCCCACUCUCUCCUCUCAGUCAUUUCCCUCUCCCAAUGGCCCGGCUCACCUCCCUUCCUCCUCUGGUAUCUCUGGCCCCCCCCCCACCCCCCCCCACCCCGCUGCUCCCACCCAGUUGGCCUCCCAGCCCCAGACCAACGGCUCCCCACCACAUCCUCCCCCUUCCACCUACACACACCACCCCCCUCCCCCUCAACCCUUCAGCCCCUAUAUCAACGUGACAGGUAGCCCUGUGACUCACCCGGCCCCCGUCGCUACCAUGGCAACCGCGGGGUCUCCGCAGCAGCCCCCUCCCCCUCCUCCUCCUCCUCCUCCUCCUCAGGCCGACUCCCUGGCGUCCCGGGAGCAGCGCAUCUCCGUGCCCGCCGCGCGCACCGGCAUCCUGCAGGACGCCCGUCGCCGUGCCAACAACAAGCCCAUGUUCUGCGCCGUGCAGAACAAGGACGUGUCGCCCAACCCGGCGCUGCUCUCCAUGCUGCAGAACAUGGACUCCCCCACGGGGCCCACCGGCCCGGCCCAGGCCCCGCCCCCCGCGGGGGACGCCGGGGGCCACGAGUCGGGCCCCGAGGAGGACUGGCUGCGGCUCGGGGCGGAGGCCUGUAACUUCAUGCAGGCCCAGCGUGGGCCCCGGCCCCCUCCCGUGGCCCCCAAGCCCCAGGCGCCCCAGGCCCCCCAGAUGGGCCAGAUGGAGGGUAAAGGCGGGCAGCUGUUUGCCCGCAGACAGAGCCGGAUGGACCGCUACGUGGUGGACCGCUCGCCCUCCGCGGCCGCCGCGCCCUUCUCCCCCGGGCGGCCCAGGGAGGCCUCCCCGACCCCCUCCCUCCCGGCCACCUGGAAGUACUCGUCCAGCAUCCGAGCCCCGCCGCCCAUCAGCUACAACCCCCUCCUCUCCCCCUCCUGCCCCCUCAAGGCCCAGAAGCCCCAGAAGGCUGAGGCGGGGCGAGCGGGCCCGAAGAGCGGAUCCAAAGCGGCCGCAAAGAAAGGGGGCCUCAAGCCCUUGGAGAUCAUGACUCAUCAGCCGUACCAGCUCAACUCGUCGCUCUUCACCUACGUGCCCGGCGCCCCCCAGAUGACCUCCAGCCCCCAGCGGCCCCAGCAGCAGCAGCAGCAGCAGCAGAGAGGCACGAUGGGGGGUUACCAGACCCCCAUGCAAACGGCACGAGUGUGCGAGGUCAAGCGCUUCUCCACGCCCCCCCCCGUGGCGACGGGGCCCUCCCUGAAGGUCCUCGUACCGCGGUCAGUCACCUCCCUGGGCGAGCCCACCUGGCGCUCCGAGCCCGCCUUCUCCUACCAGCCGGCCCCGGGCCACCCCCAGCCCCUGCCCCAGCCCCUGCCCCAGCCCGGCAGCCCCGCCUGCUACUACCCUCAGGCCUCUCAGUGGGCCGCCUCCUCCCCGCUGUCCCCUCCGGCUCCACCCGCUCCCACAGCUCCUCUCCCCCAGCUUCCCCACCUGACCUCGGUGCAUCAAGGGGCCCCCAUGCACGUCCCCACCUUCUCCCACCGCCAGGGAUCUGGCUCGGAGCAGGCCAACCGGCAGUUUAUCAGCGUUCCAGAUCUGAGCCCCACCAACGGGUACCGCCCCUCGUCCAGGAGCAGCCAGUCUUCGGUGGGCGGUCCGAGACCCAGGUUCAGCACCAGCAACCUGGGCCUGCAGCCCUGUGUCUGGCGGCCAGGAGCCACCAUGCACUGACGGGAGACGGCUCGGUCGAAUGAACUGAACAGCACCCCCUUGUGGCCGGAACCGUAGAGGACAUCUUUACACCAGGGGUCUUUUCAAUGAGGCCAUGUUGAGAUUUAAUUUAGUAGUAAGCACGGAGUAGUUGAUUUUCAAUUGGGUUUCAAAUCAAAUCUGUUCACCAUUAAGGCACGUUUUUUUUUUGUUUUUUUUUAUGUAUCUGUCACUUGGAGCACAUUUUAAUAUUCCUUUAGAGCUGUAGUCGUCCACGUUCAAUGUAGUUGUUUGCAUUUUAUUGUUGUUAUUGGGAACACUGUGUGAUAUAAAGAAAAUGUAAGAAUGACUGCGGUGGACGAAUCGAUAUGGUGGAGUUAAGAAACAUGGUCGGACCAGGUUGUGAAGGUCGGAAGACAACUUUGAUGAAAUGUACUGUAAAUACUUGAAGAGAUAUUAAUAUUGAGAAGCAAUGAUGAAUACAGUCUGAGGAAUCGGGUCGAAGAAUCCGGGAUGUGUUAAAAGAAGAGGAAGACAGAGACAGAGCGAACAGACCGAACUGAAAGAGAGGGAGAGAUAUAAAACAGACAAUGAAAGAAUCUGGGGAGCGGUUACCAAGCCCUCGUCCGCAGAUUGAAAAGCCAGUGUACGUGAAUACCAACCUCCCAAAUCUCAUUGAAUGUUCUUCGUAUUGUACUUUAAGAGCAUGAGCCAUGCUAAGGUAUGUUAAUGACUUUUUGUGUCAGUGGUUUAUAGAUGCACCUACCUGCUCUCUGUCACAGUGUUGUUUUGUGUGUGUGCCUCGAUAUAAUCUUUUUUUCACUGGGUGAAAGCACUUUUACCAUGAAUAAGGUGAUAUGGUAGUGGAGGGGGGGGGGGGGGGAGCUUGGGGGGCAUAAGUUUAUGUUAAAUCUAGAGUAGGGAACUUUUUGGCAUGAAAACAAAUGCAGUUUGAGGUAAAUAUAUUUUUAGCUGUAACUCUGUACCACAAAGCGAGCUUCGGAAUAAAAAUAGAAGUCACCUCA